GUCACAAAGAAUGUAAUUAUUUGUAUUUUGUAAUCCUGUGGUAUUUUUUAGAAAUGGAAUGGACAAAGAAUUCUACCACUGCCCCGGUUUCUGUGUACCAGGACGAAAACAUACUGAUAGAUACGGAACACCGCUGUACCGCAACGAGGUGCUGUUCAAAUCGGCCGCACUCAGCCAUGUGUCUGCUGAGGCAGAUGUAGAGACAGUGGAUGAUAACCACCAACAUAGAAGGCAGUUGGAUGAUCCCAGGUCCGCCACUGCCGGCAUACCGAGAACCCCUAUUUUGGUGGAAAGCCCAUCGGAGCUCGAGGGCGACAACGCUGAAGCCGCUGUGGAAGUGUGUGCCGAUGUGGAGGAUGGGCAAAAAUUUCCAAAGCCUGCCGUUUCAGAUACUCCUGCGCAGGUCUGUGACGUGCCUCAGAAAGUUAUGGCAGUUGCAAAGAAGCUGACAUUUGACGUAUCUCCGUCACCGAGGAAAGUGAAAACAGCUGAAGUUACAUUGACGACCUGCAGUCGCACACCGCUGGCCCAUGUCCCAGUGAAUAGCCGAAGUGAUACUCCGACCGGACCGAACGGCAACCGCCACGGCCGCCGGACUUCUGCGAAGGCGCAGGGGCCUAUGUCGCCACUGCAGUUGCUCCACGUGCGGCAACGCCUGGCCGUGAAGCGGGCGUUGCAGCUCACUCGCAGGCAAAUGGAGGCAGAGGAGGAGAACUGUCCGCCUGUAGCUGUCGAGGGUGCCCACAGCGAGUUGGCAGCCCGGCCGAUAAAAAUUUCUGCACCUCCUACACUUGCUGCCAAGGAUAUGGCUCUUCGGUUUUGAUAUUUACACUGUGGCAGCGGAAAGAUUCUUGUGAUACUUUGUGUUUAUUCUUCUUAUCAGUGUCUGUCUAACAUGAAAAUUCUAUUUUUUGUAUGUUAAGUGUUGUAAACUGGUGGGGAGUAUUGAGUAAUAGGAUGAUUGUAGUGCAAUAUUAUCAAAGUACUCAUAUAAAUAUAUACAAAAUAUUAAAGCACUAUGCAUGAAUGACUGUAUAAUAAAUGAAGGAAGGUGUUAAUCUUG